CAGCCUCAGCUGUGGUUAUAAGGUCAGGAUUCCUCCCACAGGCUUCUAAAAGUGCCUUGAACAUGGGUCUGCCUUGGCCGGCCCUCUUCCUGGGCACCGUCCUCCUGAGUCUUUCCUGCCAGGGGACUGACUGGGAAUCUGACAGGAAUUUUAUCUCAGCCGCUGGUCCUCUGACAAAUGGCUUAGUGCUUAGCCUGAGACAUCCGCUGGGAACCCGGGGCUCUGAUGGGGUAGCUGGUAGCACGGUCAUCUCCAUCUGCCAGCAGCCGUUGCCGUCUCUCCUCCCACAGUAUUUCCACAGUCUUCAUGCCAGUCAGGUCACCCAUUACAAAGUGCUUCUGUCAUGGGCACAGCUUCUCCCCACAGGAAGCUCCAGGAAUCCAGACCAGGAAGCGGUCCGCUGCUACCGACAGCUGCUGCGGUCCCUCAAGGCUGCCCAGCUUCAGCCCAUGGUGGUCCUGUGCCACCAGGCCCCACCCACCAGCGGCGCCAUCCAGAGAGACGGCGACUUCGCUGACCUCUUUGCCGACUAUGCCGCAUUCGCCUUCCAGUCCUUCGGGGACCUCGUGGAGAUCUGGUUCACCUUCAGUGACGUGGAGAAAGUGAUCAUGGGUCUUCCCCACCAGGGUUCGAAAGCCUCCGCUCUCCAAGCCCUCAGCAGUGCCCACAGGAGAGCCUUCGAAGUCUACCACAGGAAGUUCUCUUCUCAGGGAGGAAGAAUCUCCGUGGUCCUGAAGGCUGAAGAUAUCCCCGAGCUUCUGCUAGCCCCAUCCUCGGUGGCACUCACCAAGGACUCGGUUGACUUCCUCUCUGUUGAUUUGACUUAUGAAUGUCAAAGUGUGGCGACUCUCCCACAGAAGCUGAGUGAACUGCAGAACAUUGAGCCCAGAAUGAAAGUUUUCGUUUAUACCCUAAAACUUCAGGACUGCCCAUCCACAGGGAAGAGUCCCUCCUCCCUGCUCUUCAGCCUGAUUGAAGCCAUCAAUAAAGACCAAGUGCAGACUGUUGGGUUCGACGUCAGUGCAUUCCUGAGCUGUCCAUCCAGUUCUGAGGAGAGUCCGGCUUGCUCUCUGACUGACAGCCUGGCCUUUCCGACUGAGCAGGAGCAGGAGAGAGCUGUUGCGCCCCCUCCCCUUGCAUCAGCCUACCAGAGAGUCUGGGCAGCCUUUGCCAAGCAGUCUAGGGAGGAAAGGGAUGCCUUCCUGCAGGAUGUGUUUCCAGAAGGGUUCCUCUGGGGCGUAUCUACCGGAGCCUUUAACGUGGAAGGAGGAUGGGCCGAAGGCAACAGAGGCCCGAGCAUCUGGGACCACUACAGUAACCUGAAUGCUGCCGAGGGCCAAGCGACGGCAAAGGUGGCCAGUGACAGCUACCACAAACCGGUCUCUGAUGUCGCCCUGCUCCGGGGCCUCAGGGCUGGGGUGUACAAAUUCUCCAUCUCCUGGUCCCGGCUGUUCUCCACGGGGCGGAAGAGCAGCCCCAACCUCCAGGGCGUGGCCUACUACAACAGACUGAUCGACAGCCUGCUGGACUCGCACAUCGAGCCCAUGGUGACACUGUUCCACUGGGACCUGCCUCAGGCCCUGCAGGAUCACGGCGGGUGGCAGAACGAGAGUGUGGUGGACGCCUUCCUGGACUACGCAGCCUUCUGCUUCUCCGCUUUCGGGGACCGUGUAAAGCUGUGGGUGACCUUCCACGAGCCAUGGGUGAUAAGCUACGCGGGCUAUGGCACUGGGCAGCACGUACCAGCCAUCUCUGACCCAGGAGUGGCUUCUUUUAAGGUGGCUCACUUGAUCCUCAAGGCGCACGCCAGAACUUGGCAUCACUACGACCUUCACUAUCGCCAACAGCAGCAGGGGCGCGUGGGCAUUGUGCUCAAUUCCGACUGGGCAGAGCCUCUGGAUGGGCAGAGUCCCCAGGACCUUGCUGCCGCUGAGCGCUUCCUGCACUUCAUGCUGGGCUGGUUUGCACACCCCAUCUUUGUGGAUGGGGACUACCCCACCGUGCUUCGGGCCCAGAUCCGGCAGAUAAACCAGCAGUGUGGUGGUCCUGUGGCCCAACUCCCGGAGUUCACUGCAGCGGAGAAGCAGCUCCUGAAAGGCUCGGCGGACUUCCUUGGUCUGUCUCAUUACACGUCCCGCCUGGUCAGCAAGGCUGGGCGGCAGACCUGCAUCCCCAGCUACGAUAACAUCGGAGGAUUCUCCCAGCACGUGGACCCCACGUGGCCCCAGACUGCAUCUCCCUGGAUGCGGGUGGUGCCCUGGGGCAUAAGGAGGCUGCUGCAGUUUGCUUCCAUGGAGUACACGAAGGGAAGAGUUCCAAUCUUCGUGGCUGGGAAUGGCAUGCCGGUAGGGGAAGGAGACGAUCUCCUUGACGACUCGGUGAGGGUGAACUACUUCAACCUGUACAUCAACGAGGUGCUCAAGGCUGUCAAGGAGGAUUUGGUGGACGUCCGUUCAUACAUUGUUCGUUCCCUCAUUGAUGGCUUCGAAGGACCCUCAGGUUACAGCCAGAGGUUCGGCCUGUACCAUGUCAACUUUAACGACAGCAGCAGGCCAAGGACUGCCAGGAAAUCUGCCUACUUCUUCACCAGCGUCAUAGAAAAGAACGGUUUCCCCGCCGGGAAAGCAAGAAGCAGCCCCCUGCCUCCGAAAGCAGACCUUGCCUCCAGAGCCCCAGCCCUCUUCACCUUCCCGUCUGAGGUGCCCUCCAAGGCUAAAAUAGUGUGGGAGAAGUUCUCCAGUCAGCCCAAGUUUGAAAGAGAUUUGUUCUAUCAUGGCACGUUCCGGGAUGACUUCCUGUGGGGUGUGUCCUCUUCGGCCUAUCAGAUCGAAGGAGGCUGGGACGCUGAUGGCAAAGGCCCCAGCAUCUGGGACAAUUUCACCCACACCCCGGGGAACAGUGUGAAAGACAAUGCCACCGGAGACGUAGCCUGUGACAGCUACCACCAGCUGGAUGCCGACCUGAAUAUUCUUCGCACCCUCAAGGUCAAGGCCUAUCGGUUCUCCAUCUCCUGGUCUCGGAUCUUCCCCACAGGAAGGAACACUUCCAUCAACAAUCACGGUGUGGAUUAUUACAACAGGCUGAUUGACGGCCUGGUGGGGAGCAACAUCUUCCCCAUGGUGACGCUGUUCCACUGGGACCUGCCCCAGGCCCUCCAGGAUAUUGGAGGUUGGGAGAACUCCUCUUUGGUUGACUUGUUCAACAGCUAUGCUGACUUCUGUUUUAAGACCUUUGGUGACAGAGUCAAGUUCUGGAUGACCUUUAAUGAGCCGUUGUAUAUGGUGCUGUUGGGCUAUAGUGCAGGGGUAUUUCCCCCAAAUGUGCAGGACCCGGGCUGGGCACCUUACAGGGUCAGCCACGUCAUCAUCAAGGCUCACGCCAGAGUCUACCAUACUUACGACAAGAAAUACAGGCAGCAGCAGAAGGGGGUCAUUUCCCUGAGCCUCAACACUCACUGGGUGGAACCCAAGGACCCAGGGCUCCAAAGAGAUGUGGAAGCUGCCGACCGGAUGCUGCAGUUUUCCCUGGGCUGGUUUGCCCACCCCAUUUUUAGGAAUGGGGACUACCCAGAUGUCAUGAAGUGGAAUGUGGGGAACAGGAGUGAACUGCAGCGCCUGGCUGAGUCCCGCCUGCCCAUCUUCACAGAGGAGGAGAAGGGUUACAUCAGGGGUACCGCUGACGUCUUUUGCCUCAACACCUACUCGUCCGUGUAUGUGCAGCAUAACACCCCAAGGCUGAACCCACCCAGCUAUGACGAUGACCGGGAGCUGACGGUCAGCGACAUGACCUCUCCGUCCGUCUCCACGGCAGUGCACGCGGCCGUGCCCUGGGGGAUGCGGAGGCUGCUGAACUGGAUCAAGGAAGAGUAUGGCAACAUUCCCAUUUACAUCACUGAGAAUGGACAGGGGCUGGAGAGCCCCACGCUGGACGACACAGCAAGGAUAUUCUACCACAAAACCUAUAUCAACGAGGCUCUGAAAGCCUACAGGCUGGAUGGCGUGGACCUUCGAGGGUAUUCUGCCUGGUCCCUGAUGGACAACUUUGAGUGGCUGUCGGGCUACACAGUCAAGUUUGGAUUGUAUCAUGUUGACUUUGACCAUGCGGACAGACCUCGAACAGCAAGAGCCUCAGCCAGAAACUAUACAGACAUCAUCGCCAACAACGGCAUGCCCCUGGCCAAGGAGGACGAGUUCCUGUAUGGGGAGUUCCCCAAGGGCUUCAUCUGGAGUGCGGCUUCUGCUGCGUAUCAGGUUGAAGGCGCGUGGAGAGCAGACGGCAAAGGACUCAGCAUUUGGGACACGUUUUCCCACACGCCCCUGCGGGUGGCGAACAACGACAAUGGAGAUGUGGCCUGUGACAGUUACCACAAGAUCGCUGAGGACGUGGUGGCCCUCCAGAGCCUGGGCGUGUCCCACUACCGAUUCUCCAUCUCCUGGUCCAGGGUCCUCCCCGACGGAACCACCCGGUUCAUCAAUGAAGCGGGCCUCAGCUACUACGUCCGCUUCAUUGACGCCCUGCUGGCUGCUGGCAUCACUCCACAGGUGACCUUGUAUCACUGGGACCUGCCCCAGGCCCUUCAGGACAUCGGGGGCUGGGAGAACGAGACAAUUGUGCAGCUGUUUAAGGAGUAUGCAGAUGUGCUCUUCCGGAGGCUGGGGGACAAGGUGAAGUUUUGGAUCACACUGAAUGAGCCCUUCGUCAUCGCUGCCCAUGGCUACGGCAGUGGGGUGUCUGCUCCAGGGAUCUCCUUCAGGCCCGGCACGGCUCCCUACACUGCUGGUCACAGCCUAACAAAGGAAGGAGGGGGCCGGAGCGAUGGCCCAGCCGUUAAGAGCACUGUCUGGAUCAAUUCCCAGCAACCACACGGCAGCUCACACUGGGGAGAUGCCUCUCCCAUGUCAGUUUCAACAGAGAUUUACCCCUCCACACAGUUUAUGGGAGGCUGGUUUGCACACCCCAUCUUCAGUAACGGAGAUUACCCGGAGGUGAUGAAGACGCGGAUCCUGGAGAGGAGCCUGGCGGCGGGCCUCAGCAAAUCGAGGCUCCCGGAAUUUACCGAGGCUGAGAAGAAGAGGAUCAAUGGCACCUUUGACUUUUUCGGGUUCAACCACUACACCACUGUGCUGGCCUACAACCUCAACUACCCUGCGGCCAUCUUCACUUUGUGAACUUGCAGGGGAGUCGCCUCCAUUGCAGACAGCUCUUGGCCAGAGUCCGGCUCCUUCUGGCUGAAGGUGACCCCUUUUGGCUUCCGGAGGAUCUUGAACUGGCUGAAGGAGGAAUACAACAACCCUCUAAUUUAUGUCACAGAGAAUGGAGUCUCCAGACGGGGGGACCCAGAACUCAACGACACCGACAGGGUCUAUUACCUCCGCAGUUACAUCAAUGAAGCCCUCAAAGCCACUGUGCAGGAUAAGGUGGACCUCCGGGGAUACACGGUGUGGAGCGUGAUGGACAACUUCGAGUGGGCUACAGGCUUCGCAGAGAGGUUCGGGGUGCACUAUGUGAACCGCUCUGACCCGUCUCUGCCAAGGAUCCCCAAGGCAUCGGCUAAGUUCUACGCCUCUGUUGUCCGCUGCAAUGGCUUUCCUGACCCUGCACAAGGACCUCAUCCUUGUCUCCACCAACCAGAGGAUGCUGGACCGACUGCCAGCCCUGUGAAGACGGAAGUGCCCUUCCUGGGGCUGAUGCUGGGCAUCACAGAAGCACAGACAGCGUUGUAUGUACUCUUCGCCCUUCUGCUACUUGGGGUCUGUAGCUUGGCCUUUCUGUUAUACAAAUACUGCAAGCGCUCCAAGCAACGGGAAACACAGCCAAGCCAACACAACCUGAGUCCAGUUUCCUCCUUCUAACAGUCUCCACCUCCUCACUUGUGCAGAGAUGCCCAGUUUCUUUGGACAGGUAGCCUGUGGGCACAGACGACUCCUGCCCACAGUGGACCUCCUCGUCAAGGCUUCCUGCACUGUGGGAGACGAUUUCCAUCUUGAAGCUUUUCACGUUCUCACUUGAAAUGAAAGCAUCUUCAGCACUGGGAAUUCUCCUGUGGACUCUGAGACCUGCCAAGUACCCCUGUGGAAAUGCAGAGACCAAACUGUAUAGCCAUUCUCUGCGUUCAUUUCAAGGUGUGAUGGUAGAUUCCUAACUAAAUAAGUAAACAUAAAGCGCAGGUCUAGCCAUGAUAGCCCAUGUCUGCCUAUAAUCCUGCACUCAGGAGGCACUCCAGUUUGAGGCCAGCCCCAACCACAUCAUGAAUUCCUGCUUCGGAGUGAGAGGGAGCAGGGGAUGGGGGCAACAGAGGUCAGGAACAUAGCAUGGUGGCAAAACACUUGCCUAUCAGAGUCAAAGGUUCAAUUCCUAGCCCCUCACCCCCAGUUUCUGGCUAAUUUAAAAAGAUUAUUAUGUGGCUAGAGAGAAGGUUCAGCAAUUAAGAGCACCCACCGCUCUUCCAGAGGACGACCUGAGUUUGAUUCCCAGUGCCCACGUGGCAGGUGGCACUGUUGGUAACUCCAGCCAGAGGAUCCAACGCCCUCUUCUGGCCUCCCUGGAAACCAGGCAUACGUGAUGCACAGACACACGUGCUGGAAAAAUACCCACACCCACAACAAUAAAACUUAAAAAUAAGUAAGCGUGACUA